GGCGUACGCGCAUGCGUGAAUAGUAGACGAACCAGACGAAAUGGAAAGAAGAAAUCCCGGAUGAGUAUAGCUCUUUUAAAAUAAAGAAUUUGAGAUGCAGAUUUAAGACAGGUUUGACAAAGAUGGUAGAUCCCGGUCAUAUACACUUGAAGUUUGGAGAGCAUUUCCAUUCCAGUUGGGUUUCAGAAGACUGUGAGGUCAUAGCCUCUCAAUCAGGGCUGGAUGGCUUGUUCGAGAGACUUGUCUCCCACAAAGAGGUCAACUUACUACCACAGCAGGCCAUAAGUUUGAAGGGACCCACACUGACGGAUUAUGACCAGGAGCAGGUGACAGUAGAGGAACAGGAACACUUGAUAAAUGCAUUGUUAGGGCAUCAACGAAACCUUGCCAAAACCGUGUCCAGUCUUUCGAGGUUUUCCAAAGUGCUUCAGAAACGAUUAAUUAUCCUGCAGCGAGUAUACCAAGCGGUGUCAUACAAACAUCACAUCAGGAAACUUUCCACGGAAGAUUCUCCCCUCAAUACUUCAGUCACCGGAAAAUCAGAAGAUGAUAAAAGUCAUUCAGGAUUCAGUAUGCCACAGGGCAAUGAUGCCUUGUUGGAAUUAGGGGUUAAAACAGGAAUUAACAUUCUCUUCUCUUUGCUCCGACAGAAUUGGGUUUUGGCAAAACAAACAGGGCAAUUUUCAUUUUGCAAUGAUAUUCUACAGACAGCCCUAUCGGUAGUGGCAAAUUUCCCUCCACUGUCUCUUUCCAAUGAAACAAAAUUAACCCCUCUAGGAGUAGAUUCAUUGAAUCAGAUUAAUGUAUUCUUACAACAAGCAGCAAACCCAAAUUCUGAGGCUGAUUUGACAGGGCAGAGGCUGGCUGCAGAACUGAUGAUUGCUCUUGCCACUCAGAGAGGAUCUCUUCGAUAUGUCCUUGGCUGGAUUGAAAUGUCCUUGAAAAUCUCUGUCACAGUGACCAGAAGCAAGAGUAAAGAUAUAGAUGCAGGGAAAAUACACUGGCAAUCAUUUUUGAAGAUAAUCACAGAUAUGAUAAAUCCAUUGGGAGGAUGCAGAGGACUAUCCAGUUCGAUGAUUAGAGAUGUUUCUCCAGAUGAAAAUGGCUUGGUAUCACUAUAUUAUGCAGCAGUAAUUCUGUUGGAAGAGCUGUAUUUCUUGGCAUCUGAGUAUGCCAGUAACUGCUGCACAGGACCUGAUGAAAACUGUAACAACUCGACAUCACACAGUAAUGCCAAUCUGUCUGGGAGCUGUGGGGAGGUACAUGUCUGGGGAAGUAACUGUACUCACCAACUGGCUGAAGGGGGGCAGGAGAAAAUCACCUCUCCAAAGUUCUCCACCGUAUUCACUGACUGUCAACAGGUGGAGGCGGGUCAGUUUUGUACCUUCCUUAUCUAUGGUGAUGGGACUGUGGGGGCGUGUGGUAAAGGAAGCUAUGGCAGGCUUGGUCUGGGAGAUUCCAAUAACUGCUCUGUGCCCAAGAAGCCUCUGUUUGAAAAGAAAUGUUCUAUAAAAAAGAUCUCAUCCUCAAAGGGUUCAGACGGCCAUACGUUGGCUCUGACUUCCAAUGGAGAAGUGUACAGCUGGGGAGAUGGUGAUUAUGGAAAAUUAGGCCAUGGAACCCACUCCACACAGAAAUGCCCGAAACUGGUGAAAGGUCCAUUGUUUGGAAAGGUUGUGAAAUGCGUCUCGGCAGGCUACAGACACAGUGCUGCUGUAACUGAGGAUGGGGAACUAUACACAUGGGGAGAUGGGGAGUUUGGAAGAUUGGGGCAUGACUAUGCAUCAAGCAAGAACUUUCCGACCAAAGUGCAAGCCAUUGAAUCAGUCGGCCUGGUGGCCUGUGGUGGAAGUCAUACACUGGCUGUAUCUCUGGACGGCAAAACUAUAUGGUCAUUUGGUGGAGGAGAAAAUGGAAAACUGGGUCAUGGAGACACCAAUAGACAACACAAACCAAAAGUGAUAGAGGCAUUCAGUGGAUUAUACAUCAGGAAAGUGGCCUGUGGGAGCCAGUCCUCAUUAGCUAUUACUUCAUCAGGACAGUUGUAUGCCUGGGGAUGUGGAGCGAUUUUGGGAUGUGGGUCAGCAGAAUAUACAGCUCUGAGACCACGCCUUGUGGAGGAUCUACAGUCUAAACGAGUGGUGGAUAUAGCCUGUGGUGACAGCCAUGUGCUAGCUCUCACCCAAGAGAGUGAAGUUUAUGCCUGGGGUAACAAUGCGAUGGGUCAAUGUGGGCAGGGACAUGCACAGAGCCCUAUCACACGCCCAAGAAAAGUCCUUGGUCUGGAUGGAGUCCACAUUCAUCAGGUGUCAGCAGGUACCUCCCACAGCAUGGCCUGGACUGCCCUUCCCACAGACAGACCAGUGGUGGCUUGGCAGAGACCUUUCUGUGUGGACUUACAGGAGGCAACUUUUGCUACCAUAAGGACAUUCCUGGAGAACUUCUGUUCCGGUUUUGAUGAGGAAACCCCACCUGCUCCAUUUUAUUCACACAGAGAACAUCGCCACUUUGUCCAGCUCUGCUUGAAGAUGCUUAGCACCCACUUAUCUCUUGCACUUGUUGGAGGGAUGACAAGUUCAGUGCUGGGAAACCAGGCCCCACAGCUUAGAAACAUGCUGUUCAGACUUCUGGAUUCUAACAUACCAGACUGUAUCAGAGAUACUGUGUCAGAAAUCCUGAGUGUUGGGGCCUCUCUACUCCUGCCUCCACUCAGAGAACGGAUGGAGUUGUUACAUUCUCUGCUUCCUCAGGGUCAGGGCAGGUGGGACAGUUUGUCCAGGGGGAAGCAAAUGCAGUUAAGCCUGAUAUUGACAAGCCUGUAUGACAACAACCACAUUGCUGCUUUACUAGGGUUCUCUGAUUCAUCAGAAAGUAUGGCAUCUUCCCAGUUCUGUGAUGGAUCUGUCGAUCUGAUGCUCGCGGAAAUCCUCAUGAAAACAAUUCUCAGAAAUCUUGCUAAUGAAACGGAAGAAGCCAUGGAUGACCUGGAGAAGAAUCUGGACAAGGAAUUUGAGCACAAAAUGUUCAUGAUGGCCUUCCCUCAUCUCCACAAUCUGCUGUCAUCUCUCCAGAAACAUUUACUGGCCUACUGCUUCACACAGCAGCCCUGGAAGUCGCACAUGUCAUCAGCCACUGAUCUCCUGUUUAAACACACAUCACUGAUGUUCUCUGUCACCAAAAGCCUGUUUGUCAAAGCCAUUGACCUUUUACAACACAAGAAAUGCAAUAUUGGUGUGACUGCAGCUGUUGAGGAUAUUUUGUACAAUUCCCCGGCUGGAGCUAUGAUGUUUCACAUUAUGAAUGCUCUAUUGCUGCUUCCUUUGGAUUGGAUCAGUGAGAUGUUACCAGAGAUCUUACCCCUCCUCUCAGUAACAGACCAGCUUUGUAAAUUGUUACCUGAAAUCAAGAUGUUUGAAGCGUCGGAGCUAGAAGAUAACACUAAAGACAUGCUGGAGAAGUGGUGCUGGUUGGUGGACAUGGAAAGAAGCUGUGCCACUUUGAUUGGGCAGUGUCUGGGCGGAAUGCUGGUGGGAGAUCAGAUGUCUAAACAGGAGAAGAAUUGUCUUCCGUGGCUUGACAAUCUUGUGUUUGGAAAUGGUGCGGAAAUGAGCUCUAAACAAACAGAGGAAGCCAUUGAUUUAGUUCUUGAUUGCAUCAGUAAACAUCAGUUGUUGGGAAUUGAGGAAGUGAAUCUGAAUGCAGAUGAUGUAAUGUUGUUGGAGUUUUGUUGUGGAUUGAGGUCCGAGGCAACAGAUAAUCUCUGGGAAACCAUGCAGGACUAUGCAUCUAAAGAGGAUUGGGACACAUCCGAGAUAAGCAAUGAUGAGGAACUGGACACCAUGACCAGAUGUUUGUUGUGUGCUCUGUUAAAGCAUUGUAAUCUAGUCAAAGUGGCUCUCCAUCGUAGAAAUCUGCCAAAAACUCUUCUAGUCAUCUUCCAGUACAUCUACAGAGUGAGAAGUUGCUUGAUGCAGCACCACAAGGCAAAGUCUGGUCCCCUGUGUAGGGUCCGACAGCCAUCCCUGGAUGAGGCGGGCUCUAAAGACGAAUCUUUGGAUUCCCUGGAGUCUCCACACAGAGUGGAGAUAAUGGAAAUAGAAAAAUCUUCUGAACAGGACCCGGAGAGAGAGGAGGCGGUGUCAGAUGUAGUGAUGUCAGAUGAUGAAGGAACAAUAAAAGAUUCGCCACAGAUUGUGAAGGAGACAACAUUCGAAGAAGAGUGUAAGAAGUAUCAACAAAGAUGUUUAUUUCUGUUGUUAGGAGUAAGGCCAGCUGUCACAGAGGCCCUGUCACUAUCACAUAUAAAGAAAACAGAGGAGACACAGCCAGAAUCUAGUCAGUCUUCAGAGGCCUCAAGGUCACUCGAUGUCAGAAUGAGGAGAAGAGGAAGUGUCCCGGAUAUGUCACCUAGCAAGUUCUUAGAACAGCAAUCAGGAGCACUCAGAAAAAGUGAAGAAAUGAGGGAUGGAACUUCGACACCAGAUCAUAAUCAAAGAGAUACAAAUGUGGCUUCCCUGCAGAGAGUGAAAGAAAUGCUACGUCGCCUCAGGUGGCAGCAGGAGCGUUCAACAGUCCCACAAUGCCACCACAAAUCUCACAGCAUAAAGACGUUUGUACAACAGAUAGCAUCAGAUCUGUGUAAGUUUGUGUGUGGUGAGAAGGCUGGUAACCAAUCACACAGUCAGGAGUCGUCAUUCAGCUGGGAAGUGGAACCCCGAGAAAUGGCAUUAGCGUUGGAUGAUCAACAGAAAAAGGCGGAGUCUCGGUUGAGGGCAUUAAAUCAAAUAAAAGAACUGCUGUCUACAAACUCUACCAAAAGUGAGACAGAGAGGACUCCAACACCAUCCACCUUACUGAGCUCUGCCCAUGUGCAGCUGAUGAUGGGAUGUUUCAGCUUCGGUAACACUAAAGAUAUAGCUCUCCAGAGUACUCAACUGUAUCAUUAUCAGGAUGAAAUCCGAGCCGCGAAGACCGAGGUACAACAGGACAUCCAGCUGACCGUGCACCAGAUUUACGAAUUGUUGGUUUCAGCGCUGAUAGAAACGGACAAGUGUAUCAACAUAGAUAUAGGAGAGUCCAAGAAGCUGCUGCUGUGGACAAUAUUUUCCCUGACAAUGAAGUAUGGACCCUCGGACAUCUCUCUCGCCGUGUCGUGUGGUCUUCUACCCCUACUGUUUAAACUGACUCUGGGGAAUUCCAAACUGACCUACCUGAUUCCGGUGCCAAAGAGGAAUCUGACAGCCUCACAGUUUGACAUGAUUCUUCAGUGUUCCAGUAGUAACCUGCUUAAUCUCAUUACUCUGACCUCAGGAGCUUACUGUAAUAAGCUAGGAAGUGGGGUAGUCCAAAGUAUUGUAGAUCUUCUGUGGAAUCAGCUUACUCACAUCUGGUCCAUCGGGAAUUCCUCUCAUCAGGAAAUCCAGGACGAUGGAUGGCAGUCCUCAUUAGGGAAUUUUCUGCUGUUUCUGAAGAGAGUGGCCGUAGCACCUGCCAUUCAAAGACACCUGACGUCCAGAAAGUGGGUGUCCAGAAUACUGACCAUGACGGGACAAUUUGAUGAAUCAGGUAGCAUCAUUCUGAGCAACAUGAGAUCCAGGCUGAUUGCUUUCAGUGUGUUAGAGAUGAUUCUCAGUUCCUGCGGGAAAGAUACCAAUCUGAAUUAUAUACAAGAGGUUGUUGAAGACCUCUUCCAAUGUCUGGCAGACAACAUGUGGAAAAUCCCACAACAAUUAGAACUGCAAAAAGCGCAGGAAAAGAAGUGCAGACUGAAAUGGAGGCUCUCCGUGGGAACAGAGUUUAACAUAGACAAAGAAACGGACUCCACAGAGACAAAGAUCAUGAUGCAAAAUGCCACGUUUGAUACAGACAAGUGUUUGAACUGUACGGCAGAGAGUCCACAGGUGUUGGUACAUUCGACCUCGGGGAAGGGUUACGGACUAGGGUCCACAGCAAUGGUGUCUGGGUGUUACAAAUGGAAGAUUUUAGUAGUGAAAGAAAAUAAAGGCAACGAGGGUACAUGUGUAGGCAUUUCUAAAUGGCCAAUUCGAGACUACACCCACCGGACCACCACAGACAUGUGGUUGUACAGGGCCUACAGUGGUAACUUGUAUCAUGGAGGGGAGCAGGCUAUGGCCCUCAAUGGGUUCACGCAGGGGGACUUCAUCACAGUGGUGCUGGACAUGGAUGCCAAGACAUUGUCCUUCGGAAAGAAUGGAGAGGACCCGAGAAUAGCAUUUGAAGACAUCGAUGCCUCUGAGCUGUAUCCCUGUGUGAUGUUUUACAGCGGAACUCCAGGAGAAAAGGUCAAGAUGACUGACAUGCAGAUCUGUGAGGGAAACAAAGAGUUACUACCAGGUGACCCCCUGUGUGCCCCUGUGACCUCCGCAGUAAUGGAGGCCAACAUCAGCAUGGUGAGGCGACUUCACCAGAAUGAGACGUGGGGACCCUCGAUAAACAGGAAGAUCAUUGAUCAACUGACCAAAAUCAAGGAUCUGGAGAAAUCGCAUAAGCUUGAUGAUGUUGCCCAGAGUUCUGACUCUAAAGAAAACAAGAAGAAAGAAGAAGAGGUCUCGAAGUCACAGAAUGAAACAUUGGACAUUUCCGCUCAAGAGAACGAAAAGACUCUAGGUAUGAAAGACGAGAAAAAAGAGGAAUCUCAGAGUGAAGAGCGAGAUGAAGAUAGGACUGUGGACUACACCGAUGAAGAAACUGUUAAAACGCUGUGUUCACAGGUGUGGCCUAGCUUGGUUCUCAUCGGUGGACUUGACCCCGGGCUGAGGGUAGGAGGAAGUUGUAAACACAAGACAACAUCAAAGAAGGGGACGCUAAUGGGCGUGUCCAGAGAAGGGUCAGCGACGGUCAAAGUCCACUGGGACGACGGGGAUAGUACAGUCAGUGAUGUGUUGUUGAGCAAAAUAGAUCCCCUAGAACCUGAGCCUUUCCUGGCCAACAGUUUAAGUGGUCUCACGGCUGCACAUCUGGAAUCUGUGAUGAAACUUGCCUGUUUGACAGAGGACACACCUCCAGCAUUUGCCAAUCUUUAUUCCAAUAAAAUCAACAGCAAACUUCAGUCGGCAAAACAGGCUGAGCUAGACAGUUCUAGAGAAACGGAUGUUUUGAUGAAAAAGCUGGAUGAGGAUAUAGCUCGGGUUCUAGAGCAAGAGCAGUCCUCAUGUGUAGGAGUGGACCACAAUGCAGAUAAGAAAGUUAUCAAGGCCCCUCUUGUUCAGUUGGAGACUUUUGACCUUGACAGUACGGAGGACACAGCUAGCAGUACAUCCUCUGUGACCUCUCCAAGAUUCCCGGAUUUGCCAGGAUUGGAUAUGAACCAACAAGUCAGACCAGACCCCUCUCUGCUGGAAGCCUCAGAUAUUAGUCAGGGUAAUGCUGCGAUAAGUGAUGACAGCAUUUCAGUGCAGCAGACUGGUAUUAAAUCUGAUGAACCAGAAUCUGACAACGUGACAGAGGGAUCUCCACCGGAAGAAGAGGAGGAACCACUUACUGACUUCCAACUGAACAACAGCAGGGCCAAGGUGACUCAGUUGAGCAAUGUGGCCUAUGGGCCACUGGUUUGUGUUGAUAAGCUAAUGCAGAGAUCCUUUAUACAAGUGACAGCUUUGAAAGCCCUUAAUGUAAUCAUACAGUGCAACAAAUUUACUGAGAUGCUACUGGUUCCUAAAUCUGACUUAAUGGCGGAUUCUAGUAAGGCUCUAGUAGACGGCACUGUUGUGAGGCGAGAUGAGGAUUUUAAGUGUGGAUUAAGGUCCCUGAUGAAGAGGAUGGUGAAGAUAUCUCUCUGUAAUGCCUCAUUACUGAAAGUAUUUACGGUGGCCGACUUGGAGAGGGCCCAGUCUGUAUUGUAUCAGGUGCUCACCAAGAAAAGUGCUGAGGUGGAUGCAGGCAUACCGGAGUUAAAAGCAAAAAUUCAAUGUGGGAUACCACCUACCAUUAAACCCACUCCAGAAGGGAAGCCGAGAGAGACACAGUUCACAUUCAGAAGGUUGGAGGGAGAUUUGGGUAGUUUUAUCAUCCCACCCCCCAGUUUACCCAGCCUGCCAGCAGACCUUACAGAGGAAGAGAUAGACAUGUCUGAGGAUGCCAACAGAUCCAGCCUGCAGCAGACGUCUAUACUACAGUUUCUGAGAAGAGGAGCUGGGGUAUGCAGCAAUUCAUCUCCCCGGAACCAGAGAAAUGUGGUACCCCGUGUACCAGCUGUUGCUACUGACUACACGUCACCACCGGCUAAUGAGGAGGUGGAGUCCGAACCACCUCCAUUACCAGCACCACGCAGAUAUUCCUCCUCUGUGACUCCGCCUCCGGUAUGGAGCAGGAUGAUUGGCAGUGCAGCAAAGAAACCACCACACCCACCUGUGAGGGCAAGAUCACCUUCACCUCCGCCCCCUCCAAUUGCAGCUCCACUACUAGAGAUGGGGUUUUCCAUCCAGUCAAUUAAAAGGGCCAUUAGAGAAACAGGUGUCAAUGGUAGGGAAGUGUCAGCGAGUGGGAUAAACACCCUGGCCAUGUGGAUGUUGGAACAUCCUGACAGUAGUGCUGACCCCGCCCAAACUAAAUCUCGGGAGAUGAACAGAAGAGGCAGCCUGGAGUCCAUGGACAGACGAGGACUGAGAAGAAGACGACCACUGUCGAGUCAGGAGGCUUCUAACAGGGGAGGGGAAGACACUGCUGAUGACACCGAGAAUGUUGGGUCGCUAUUUUCUCGCCGUCAGAGGCCACUGACAAGAACCAGGCACAUUAAUCUCCGAAGUAUUGGUCAUUUAGAUAAUGAGGACGAUGACAACACUAGAUCGGAGUUGCCCCAGAGCUCUGGUGAGGAAGCUUUAUCCCUGUCGGAUUUCUACGUGUCCGGUAUGGGUCCUGAUUACAGCGAUACCCUGCUGCGGCCUCACUCCUUGGCUGAUUUGUAUGACAACAUACUAGAGCUGCAGGAUGAGAUUUGUAAUGAUGACAGUAUUGAGGAUUUGUUUAAUGUAGAACACUCGGAACACCGGGAUACGUGGGACCUGUUUAAUGCGCUGAGGCGGGAGUUGGAAGACCAGACGACCGUUACCUGUGAACUCUGUCAGCAGGAGACGUCAAAUUUCAACCGACACAUGAGAAGUGAACACCCAGGAUGCAUGGGAAGCUGUGCUCAGCAUGGAUAUAGAAGUAAUGGUAUUUAUGUGGAUGGUUGGUUUGGGGGUCGCUGUGGAUCGGGUCAUCCGUUUUAUCUGAUGUGUCCGGACUGUAGGGAGAGGUACCUGGAAGCCCGGGGGAACAGGGAAAACCUGCAGACCUCCGCAGACCCAGGGGAGAACAAGCCCAGUCUUAAGGCUCCAGACCUGUUGGAAAUUGUUGACCAAGGAUUCAGUGAUCCUAUGAUUAUUUUCUCCGAUACCACACAAAGUAAGCCAAUGACAGAGAAGGUGGAUAUUCUGAUGUCUAAGAUAGGACUGGCCGACCACAAGCCUGUCCCUGAACCGGUCAAAUUCUCAGAGAAUGAUCCCCUGGGUACAGGUCUCCUGAAGUCAGCCACUUCUUCAGGAGAUGUAUUACUGACACUGUCAUCGUUUGCAAAAAGAUCUCGCCCAGACAGUCGCAGUAAAAGCCUUGGGGAGCAGGCUUCCUAUAUCAGGUCAGGAGAUGACAGAAAAAUGGCUCUGUAUCGCAUCACCUCUACCAUGCAAAUAAUGAUAGCUCGAUCCAUGGUGGCCAAGGUUUUGUCUGUGCUGUCAUCAAGCGGUCCAAACUGCAGUUUGCCGACAGCUUUAGACUAUAUAGGUCUGUCUGAUAUCAUGACACUUGUUCAGUUCAUGUGUCUGUGUGCCACAGGCAAGGUUCUGUAUCCUGUGAGUUGUCAGCCCCGAGACUCGGCUGAGAGUCUGAGUCACCUGACCACUGCCAUAGGGACCCUGAUACAGGACAGCCCCGCCUCCCUCAGACAGCUCAUUCAGCUCUGUACACAGGAACUGAUGCUAGCAGCAAUGGGAGGUAACAAAGGUGAUGUGAGGAAGAAGACGAAGAACCUCGCCCCCUCACAGCCAUCCUCAAUGUUUACAGUCACACAGUCCCUAGUGACACUCCUCACGCGAAAUAAAUGGGUCAGCAACCUUAGCUGGGCAUCGCUCUAUCUUCCACUGUCUGGCUCUCAGGAGUCAGUAUCUACCCCUCAGUCUCCAGAUUCCUCGACAAGGGAUGACUCGUCCCUCAAUCUCAUCAAUGCUCUGGCAGCUUGUGUGCUUUCUGCGAAGUUGUCUCCCGUGUACAAGCAGUGGGCUGUCAAAGAAUUUAUACAGUGUUUAUCUUCUCUGUCAACUAGUCAGCUGAGUCCGAUCGUUAAUCAAGUGGACUGGGGCGGAGAAAUGACUUCCUGUCCGGUUUCCAAGCUGGAGGCCCACCAGAACAGACUGGCCCAUUGUGUGUGGAGCAGCAAGAAAAAUCUACUGGCCACCAGUGGCUAUGAUGGGACACUUCGCGUGUGGAGCUUGCCUAACAGGACACACCAGUUUCUACAGCAGACAUGUAUAUUUAACCGCGGAGACGAGGACUGCGAGGAACUGAAUGGCAACCUCCUGUCCUGUAUCUGUUGGAGCAGCACGGGGAAAUACCUGGCGGGGGCCAUGGACAAUAUUGUCAAUGUCUGGACAACUAGCGGUGGGAAAGGUCACAUGGACAUUCAGCCUCAUUUUGUGUCUGUGCUGUCUUGGCCAGAACACAAAGGAAUGAUGGGAGGUUGUCUCGGUCUGACCACGGACAUGCUCCUGAUUGGUAGACUGGACGGGUCACUGGCCUACAUUGAUGUCUUCGAUAGCUCCAGCUUCAAGAGGCACGAGUUAGAACAUUGCUACAGGGAAAAUGUUUCAGUCACUCAGAUUGCGUGGUUUGAUGAGGACAGACCAUUUGCUGUUGCAUUCAGUGAUGGAGUUAUUUCCCUUUGCACAAAGUUCGAAAUGGAGCGACCACACUUGACAAAAGCAUUUGAUAGUUCAGUCAGCUGUAUGAAGUGGGACCCGACCGGUCACAUGCUGGCCUGUGGUGCUGACGGCGAGACAGACAUUAAGAUCUGGACGGGCAGACAGGAACUGAAUCUGGCAAUCAAACUUCAACACAGAGCCGAGGUCACAACCCUGCUGUGGAGUGAUACACUGGGAAAGGGAGAGAAAAAGCAACUUCUGUUGGCAAGUGGCUGUAGUGAUGGUAAAGUCAACGUGUGGGUGUUGAACCAGAUAACAGGAAGUGAAACCAAUAUAUCACCGUUUAACUACGACGCCAGAAAUCAGAAUGAGGAAUUUUGUAAUCCGGAUACAUCCAUUCAGCCAGUUGUGAUAAUACAGGGCCACGUCAGUGCUGUGACAUCACUAGCCUUUUGUCCCUCAGCUCUCAUGCUGGCUUCAGGAUGUGAUCGGGGCUGGCUGAAUGUCUGGUCCAUUUGUGAUGGAAGUCUCCUACAUACUCACAUGGAGAACGGCAUGGUCAGUGAUUUAUGUUGGUUUGCAGAACAUGGACUGGCAGCCUGCUUCAGCAAAACUAAGGAUGUAGUUGUGCUGCAUUAUACCACAGAUAUGUUGGAGAAGAACCGUGCAUUGUCCGUGUGCAGGAAGUCCCUAAAACAGCAGGGGAUCUGGGGGCUGAACCAGACUCCCUUCUUACUCAGUCUUGUACAGAAAUUACCAUCUCUUCUACAGGACCAGUAUCUGUAUGAAAAGCCUAAGGUGGUGUCUGGCCAGCAGCUGGUCCACAGCUCAUACAUGCAACAUUUGGCAAUCUUAGCAGUGGGACUAGAACUAGAAAAGCCUCUUUGUCAUGAACCAUGUGCGCCUCAUCAUAUCAGCUCAGUGAAUACCCAGGACUUGGUCAAUCCGGAGUGGCAGUGGUUACUUUCCUUUUCGGCUGCGGUCAAAUCAGCAGAGGCUCUGUCCAACAGGUCUCCAUUCCCAGACUCCUUCCGAAUGCUGAAUAAGGAUACCCGCUCCUGUCAGACUCAGUCCUGGGAUAACACUAAGUGGGACCUGAACAUGGAUGUACAGAUAAUGAUGUGGGCCAUGCAGAGACCAGAGGACUGGCUGAUUGGAGGGAAGUGUGAGGCCUACCUGUGGGGAAGUGGCAGAAAUGGACAGAUGUGUGAGGGAGGAAGAGGGGCAUUUGUUCCUGUUAAGGUUCCUUCAUUCUCCGGUGCUCAACAAGUUUUGUGUGGACAGAACUGCACCUUUGUGAUACAGAACAAUGGGACAGUGCUGGCCAGUGGGGAGGGGAGCUAUGGUAGACUAGGACAGGGGAACUCGGAUGAUCUCCACUCACUGACUGUCAUAUCCUCCAUACAAGGCUUUGUGGUGACACAGUUAGCCACCUCUGUGGGAUCUGAUGGUCACUCACUGGCCGUUACGGAGAGUGGCGAGGUGUUCUCCUGGGGAGACGGAGAUUACGGUAAACUGGGUCACGGGAACAGCGACAGACAGCGGAGGCCCAGGCAGAUCGAGGCCCUGCAGGGGGAGGAAAUCAUUCAGAUGUCGUGUGGAUUUAAGCACAGUGCUGUAGUGACAGCUGAUGGUAAGCUGUUUACGUUUGGGAAUGGAGACUACGGCAGACUAGGAUUAGGCACCACUACCAACAAAAAAGUUCCAACCAGAGUCGUGGCCCUGGAGUCCCACCAAAUCGGAUAUGUUGCUUGCGGUUUGAACCACACCCUGUGUGUAUCAGCGGAUGGAGCAAACGUAUGGGCGUUUGGUGAUGGAGAUUUUGGGAAGUUGGGACAAGGAAAUACUGUGGGGAAACACUUGCCUACUAAGAUCAAGGCUCUUCAGGGUUCUGUGAUAAAGAAAGUGGCCUGUGGGACUCAAUUCUCUAUCGCUCUGACCAAGUAUGGAAAAGUCUUCACAUGGGGACAAGAGAGACUAAUUGGACAGUCCGACACAAGAGGGGGAAGCAAUUGUCAGCCACAGGAAGUUGCCUCCCUUUCAGGAUACUUUAUAGAGGAUGUGGUGUGUGGAGCGGAACACACUUUAGUCCUGACCAGUGAGGGGGACGUGUGGGGGUGGGGGAAUAACAGCGAGGGACAACUUGGCCUGGGACAUACAAAUUCUCCUGUCAGGGAACCUCAGCUUGUGCCAUGUCUGACAGGAAAAAAUGUCCGACAGAUAUCGGCCGGUAGGACACACAGUGCUGCUUGGACUACUCCCUGCCCUCCGCGGAGAAUCCCUGGAGUUCCUGUACCCCUACAGUUGGGGACUCCUGACAAAAUCCCGAUUGGCUGUAGCACCCUGAGGGAAUGUCCGAUAGAGGACAUACAAGGCCGUCUUAAACUUCUCCAUCAUUUCUCAGAUCUUGUAUACAGCUCGUGGAGGUUACUUCCCCUUACAACCAUAGUUCAGGGUGAUAUGCCUCAUUAUGCUGGAGGAAUGUCGGGGAUAGUUGAUGGAAGGCUGCGACCUUUGCUGUCCCCCCGAGUGUUCUCGCUACCAAUGGUUAGAGCUAUUGGGAAGACUAUGGUGCAGGGAAAGAACUACGGGCCUCCAAUUACUGUUAAAAGACUGUCAACAAGGGGUAAGAAAUGUAAGCCGGUGUUUACUCAGAUAGGACAGCAGGUUAUCAAACUGAGAGCAGAGGACCUGCGCUUACCUGCCAGGGCAUGGAAAGUGAAGCUGAUCGGGGAAGGGGCUGACGACGCGGGGGGAGUGUUUGAUGACACCAUUACAGAAAUGUGUCAGGAAUUGGAAACAGGAAUUGUACCGUAUUUCAUACCAACACCAAAUGCCCGAAAUGAAUCUGGGAAUAACAGGGACAGGUUUUUACUGAACCCUGCUGGGAGUGGAGAAGAUGAUCUCAUGAUGUUUAAGUUCCUAGGCAUUCUGUUUGGGGUGGCCAUCAGAACAAAGAAACCCUUGGACUUGCAUCUGGCCCCCAGUGUGUGGAAGCUUCUGGUGGGCAUACCACUCAAGCUGGAGGACAUUGAAGAGACUGAUCAUAUCUACAUUCAGAGCUUGAGGGGUAUUCUGGAUAUUCAUGAAAGUGGUGUUAAUGAAACAAACUUCCAUGAGUUUAUCCCCUUGGACUGUUUUGAGGGUCAAAGUGCAGAUGGCAGACUUGUCCCGGUCAUUCCUGGGGGAGGGGCACUACAGCUGAACUUUAACAACAGACGAGAGUAUGUAGAGGCAGUACUGAAUUACAGACUCCAGGAAAUGAAUAAACAGGCUGCCUCAGUUAGAGAGGGCAUGUCAUGGAUAAUUCCUGUACCACUUCUAACAUUAUUAACUCCCAAAAACCUGGAACAGCUGGUCUGUGGGAUGGAGGAAAUGUCGGUCGAUGUUCUCAAGAAAGUAGUCAGAUAUCGUGGAAUUGAUGAGAAAAAUGAGGUGGUUUGCUGGUUCUGGGAAGUCCUGGAGGCAUUCAGUAAUGAGGAGAGGAUACAGUUUCUUAGAUUCGUGUCGGGAAGGACUCGACUACCCGCCAACCCUUCAGACAUCUCUCAGCGCUUUCAGAUCAUGAACUCAGACAGGGGAGCAAAUUGUUUGCCAACAUCUCAAACCUGCUUUUUCCAACUUCGCCUUCCAAAUUAUCCAAACAAAGAAAUAUUGGCAGAAAAAUUACGGUAUGCCAUAUUCAAUUGUCGGUCAAUUGACAUGGACAACUAUAUGCUGGCCAGAAAUGCUGAAAAUGAACAGAUGUCAGAUGAAGAUAUUGAGGAUGAGGAACUCAUCCACACAAACUUCUAACAGACAUGGUUGAUCAGAAACCGUGUACCUCAUAGGGAAAUCAAUUUCAUUGUCUCCAAAUACUCAUCAGGGUUACAGUAACUAUUGUGGUGUACAGGACAUAUUCUGAUAGUGUCCUCUGGGGAUCACAGGAAUGAGUAAUAUGAUAUAGCAUUCUCUUGGAAAUGACAUUUAAUCCUGCAAUAAUAAUUUUGAUUAUAAAGUUGUACAUUGUCAGUGAGAGUAUGAGACUUUUCAUAUAAUUUUGAAUGGUACACUUUGAUAUACGUGCAUGUAUUUAAAUUAUUUUGUUUGAAUGUGUGCCUGUGAUAUAGUUGUUCCUUUUUUUAAGUUUGCUAAAUGAAAUAUUGAAUUUAUGAAAA